AUGGAGCUUCUUCCGAGAGCUUCACAGCGUCUGCGGGCGGCGUCUCCACCUUUCAAGACAGUGAUCAAGUGCAGAGCAUGUAUACAGUACGCUGCUCGUACUUGCAAAAGGAAGGCCCAUGCUGGUACGACUCCUUCAUCGGACGAUUCGAAGACCAGAAUUCCUCUACCCUUCGCACUUGCACACCUCGCUGUGACUAUUGCGGCAUGUUGUCUGAGCUGGGUGGAAUUACACGGCAAAGGAGGCUGGAAACGAUCUGUUCUCUUGACCUAUGUCUUGCUUCUGGCUGUAGUCAGGCUUUGCGGCAAGUGUAACAAGUACAGGGUGCAUCUCUAUAGCCAUGUCAAUGUGUUGGCCAUUGUGGCAGUGGCUUUGGAAAUCGUCCAAGAUCUGAUUCCAAUGGCAAUAGUGGGCUCGAGCUACCGUCCAACAGCAAUAGGGAGUGCUAUAUUAGCAUGCGUGGCCGCUACGUUGGCAAUUGUACUUGCGACUCCUCGGUCUCCUCGCCCAUUGGUUUCGGAUGCGGAAAUUCACAAACCAGAUAUGGAGGAGAAGCCUUCGCCAGAAGAGACCUGCUCUCUAUUCUCAUACUAUUGCUCCUACGAGUGGAUCACCUACGUGAUCAUCCGCGGCUGCCGGCGGGAUCUAACAAUGGACGACUUGCCGCCCCUGCCUUCUUACGAUGAGCCGCUUAAAUGGCUGAAGAAGAUCAAAAGGCAGCGCCUCAGAGGCGGAAAGACUCUGCGGACGUUGUGCAGAUUGCUCAAAACAGAGAUAAGAACUAUGAUGUGCUGGGCAGCGACUACCGCGAUAGUGGAAUUCGCUGCUCCUUUCUCCAUGCUGCGUUUGCUGGCGUACUUGGAAGAUCCCAAUGGUGCAAUUGUACAUCCUGUGCUCUGGAUAUGCCUGCUUUUUAUCGGACCUACCGUGCGAUCUCUGUGUUAUCAGCAAUACAUCUUUACUGCUACACGACUACUGGUUCGAGUGAAUCUUUCACUUGUCCAAGAGAUUUAUCAGACCGCAAUGCGAUCACAUAUCUACGAUGAGUCUAUCCGCCACCACGGCAGGAGAAGGUCCCACGAAAUAGCAAGCCACAAGGUAGAGACCACAAAGGGUGCGUCAAAGUCCAGCCAAGCGAACCUAACCAGCUUGAUGUCCUAUGAUGUUGAUGCUAUCUACAAUUCCCGGGACAUCUUCUACGUUGCAACCGCUGGCCCAAUAUCGACCACGAUUGCCAUGAUUUUCCUCUACCGAAUGCUUGGCUGGCCAUCCUUGUUCGGCGUUCUGGCGCUUUUUUGCUUGACUCCUCUCCCGGCUCUAGCUUCCCGCAGGGUAUCCCGCAUCCAGCAAUCUGUAAUGAGAGCCACCGAUAUACGCCUUUCAAGGAUCUCAGAGUAUCUAAAUUCGAUCCGUACACUGAAGUAUUUUGGAUGGGAGCCAGCUGCGAUGGCUUCCAUCAACGACAUACGAAGUGUCGAACAGCGUCGUCUCUGGAGAAGAAGUGUCUAUGCUGCUGCAAUCUCUAUGGCGGGCGACCUUCUACCGCUGGUCAGCUUACUGGUCAUGUUCUCCAUUUUAGUUCUAUUCACAAACCGUCCUCUGCGGGCUCCCAUUGCGUUUACCUCAUUGUCGAUCAUGGAGACUCUGCGAUCCCAAUUUGUCUGGCUCUCCAAUGUUAGCAGAUACUCAGCCCAGGGCGCAGAAUCACUUCGCCGCGUGGAUCACUUCUUCGACACAGCGAGUGAAGUCAAACGCCAUCCCGACGGCCCACUGGCGCUCAACCACGCAGCAUUUCGGCGGACGCCUAUUGCAGCUUUUCGACUAGUAGAUAUCUCAAUUGUAUUCAAGCAGAAUGGCCUCAAUAUCAUCGCCGGCCCAACUGGUAGCGGGAAAACCUCUUUGCUACUUUCGUUACUUGGUGAAACUAUUCUGGAAUCAGGAUCAGCCACUUGUCCUCGUGAUGUAGCUUAUGUGCCUCAGUCGCCAUGGCUCCAAAACGACACGAUCAGGGAGAACAUUUUGUUCUACAGUUCCUUUGACGAGGCUCGUUACAAUACAGUCAUCGAUGCCAGUGGCCUCUGCCAGGACCUCCAGCAGCUUCCCGAGGGCGAUCUUACAUUAGUCGGAGAGAAGGGCACAUCGCUUUCUGGGGGACAGAAACAACGUGUCUCCCUUGCCAGGGCUUUAUACUCGCGGUCAUCCACACUGCUACUGGAUGACAUAUUUUCCGCACUUGAUACACAUACAACUUCUCUUGUUUAUGAGAAGUGCUUUCAUAGUGAUUUACUGGCAGACAGGACUGUUGUUCUUGUCACCCAUCUGCCAGCUGCAUUGAAGGAUGCUGAUCUGGUUAUCCACCUAAAUCACGGCAGAGCUUCUCUAACGAAGGUUCCUUCGGCGUCUCCUCAAGCUCUAAUGCAUUCUGCACCCGCUGUCGUUGAGGCGACCCCGACUAGCAGCGAACCACAAACAGAACUUGAGGAGUCUACACCAUCUAAAGCUUCCUUGAGUAUCAUUCCGGAUGUACGUGCUCAACAAGUUGCUCAGGCGGAUCGCAUUGUCAAAGAGACGUCGGCUACGGGCCGUGUGCCCCGUACAUUCUUUCUCCAGUAUAUGGUCCUCUUUGGCGGGGUCUUCUACGCAACAACGACUCUUCUGGCUACCAUAACCGUCCAAUUUGCUUACUUCUCUAUCACAUAUUGGCUCUCCAUCUGGACUGGAGCAUACGAGGAAUACGAUCACCCAAACUCGUUAUUCUACCUGUCUAUCUACGCGGCCUCGAUCGUAAUCUUUCUUUUGCUUCAGCUUACAAACAAUCUUUUGUAUCAAUAUGGUAGCUGGACGGCUGCCAAGAAGAUGCACAUGAAACUUGUCACAGCAGUACUCUCUGCUCCGAUCUCAUGGUUCGACCAAAACCCCAUUGGCCGUGCUAUCAAUCGCUUUGGAAACGAUACUCGAUCUAUGGAUACUGUUCUAGUUGACUGGUUGCGGAUGUCGAUCGAGAACGGGCUGCGCUUCCUACUUCGUAUCGCCAGUAUCGCAUCUAUCAUGCCGAUAUUUGCUCUUCCUGCUGCUGUGAUUUGUACCAUCGGGUUUCUCAUUGGAGAGAUGUACACCCGUGCACAGGUUUCGAUUAAGAGAUUAUCUUCCAUCAACUAUUCCCCCGUGUUCUCUCAUUUCACCGAUUCAUUGGCUGGGAUGACUGUGAUUCGCGCUCGACAAGGCAUGAACGAAGUGUUUCAGAAGCUGCUGGCAGACAAGCUGGCUGUUCAUGCUCGCUCUGCAGAAGCGCAGUACAACUGCAACCGCUGGGUCUCCGUUCGGUCAGACCUUUGUGCAGCUUCCGUUGCAGCAGCGGCAGGAUGCGUAGCCUACUUCUGGUCUGGGUCAGCAGGACUUGUGGGAUUCUCAUUGACUAACGCCAUUGGUCUUAGUCAGACGAUCCUGACUCUAGUCCGAACGAUGAACGAACUUGAAGUUGAGCUCAAUUCCUUCCAACGGAUCCGGGAAUACGCAGAGAUCGAACCGGAAGAGAAAUUGACCGAGAAAGAGCGUAGCAAAGCUGAAGCUAUCCCGGCUAGUUGGCCGAUAGCGGGACGAGUUGAAUUUCACAACGUCGCUGCACGAUACCAGCCGGACGGCCCGAAUGUCCUACGUAACGUCUCCUUUGUCGCAAACCCUGGCGAGCGAAUCGGCAUUGUGGGACGAACCGGCAGCGGCAAGAGCACCCUCGGCCUCUCCCUACUACGCUUUGUCAAUGUGACCGUCGGUCAGAUCACAAUCGACGGCAUCAGCAUCAGCAACAUCCUUCUACACCAUCUUCGCACAAGCGUCACCCUCAUCCCCCAAGAACCCGUUCUCUUCUCGGGCGACGUACGAUCGAAUCUUGACCCAUUCGGCGAGUCAAGCGAAACCGAGCUCCAUGACGCUCUGUCCGCUUGCACGUCCAUUCAAAUCCAUGGUGGUCCGGAAACAGGGAGAGCAACCCGGCCUCUUUCCCUGGACACGCCCGUUGCAGCCAACGGAGAGAACUUCAGUCAAGGUCAACGACAGGUCUUAAGCAUUGCGCGCGCGGUCUGCCGUCGCUCCAAGGUCGUCUUGCUGGAUGAGGCUACUGCCUCAGUCGACCACGAGACGGAUAUGCACAUGCAGAAGCUGUUGCGGAGCAUGUUCCCAGACUCCACGAUCAUAGCCAUCGCGCACCGGCUGCGGACUAUCAUGGACUAUGACCGGGUCCUGGUCAUGGCUGAGGGUGAGAUCAUCGAGAAUGAUUCUCCUGCAAAUCUCAUCGAAAAGAAAGGCGUUUUCUGGAAUAUGUUGCGGAAUACGGGGGAAUACGAUGAGUUGGUUCAAAUGAUACAACAAAAAUGA